AUGGGCUUCAAUGCUGCAUUAUUUGUGAGGAUACUCCUCUUUCAAUUCACUGUGUUGGUCACAGCAAAAAUUACGUUUGAACAACGAACAUUGACAGUUGGAUUAGGAGAGAACGUAGAAAUAGUUAUGACCACAAACCAACCAAUGACUGAUCUACGAUGGACUCAUAACUACGGUGACGUCAUCUCAAAAUGGAACGGAAGUUCGACAAUCAAAAUUGAAAAUGUAAGAAAGCAAGAUGGCGGUGUUUAUGAAUGUUAUCAAGAUGAAUAUGGAAAAGAUGGAAACCAUGGAAUAAUGAGACUCAUUGUUAGAGCGUGUCCUUCUCCAAAAUGGAACCCUCCUUCAUGUGAACUUGACUGUCCCGUAUGUUACAAUGGCGGUGUAUGUGAUGACAUAACUGGUCUAUGCAUAUGUCCGGCAGGAUUUAAAGGAGCCAACUGUGAAAUAGGGUGUGGAUCAAAUUACUUUGGGCGAUUUUGCAGUGUCUUAUGCAGUUGGAAAAGUGAAGAAAGCUGUAAGGAAAAGGUAUUCUGCCCCCCAGACCCAGUUGGAUGCAACUGCAUUGAUGGUUACGGAGGACUUGACUGUUCACAAACAUGUGGCACUGGAUGGUAUGGUGCCAGUUGUCAACAAAUGUGUCGCUGCAAUGUUACAUAUUGUGAUCGAAAAUAUGGAUGCAAUAAUGAUUCGUGUUGGGACGGUUACACGGGACCACAAUGCCAAGUUGGAUGCAACUGCAUUGCUGGUUACGGAGGACUUGACUGUUCACAAACAUGUGGCACUGGAUGGUAUGGUGCCAGUUGUCAACAAAUGUGUCACUGCAAUGUUACAUAUUGUGAUCGAAAAUAUGGAUGCAUUAAUGAUUCGUGUUGGGACGGUUACACGGGACCACAAUGCCAAGUACUAUCAUCAGACAUAUCAUGUCCGUCUGGUUUCUUUGGUAAACUCUGCAACUACCCAUGCCACUGUUCGGGCGGAGAUGAUUGUAACAGAGAUGAUGGCAGCUGUAUAAAUGGGUGCAAUGAAUCAUGGGCUGGCUCAAACUGUAGCAUAGCUUUGCCAUACUUAAAUACGCCGCCAAUCGCUACUGCAUAUACAAGUGCUAUAUCGGUUGAUGUUACCUGGACACUAGGUAGACACUACGGUACAGGAGCAAUAACAUCCUGGACCCUUUGGUACAAAAAAGCAGGUAACAGUGAAUUCACGUCAAUAAAUUCCAGCACACCUGACAUCAUCAAUAUUACUGGACUGAAUCUUCAUGAAACUGUAACAUAUUACAGUAUUCUUUCACGAUCCAUUGAAGGUGUUAACACAGCUGGACCGGCAAGUCCACAAGGAAUAAUUCAAACCACUUGUUUAGAACCACUAUCGCCUUCACCGCCAACAAUCAAAUCUGUGGCCAGAAAUUAUUUAGAAAUUCAAUGGGAGGUAAGCCCUAAAAUGUAACAGAUACUAAAUUCCUAUUAUUUCGAGCAACAUU